GCCAUCAAGACUUUAUUUGGCGAUUCUUGAUUUGGUGGUAUGGAGUGAUCACAACCAGACAAAAACUCCAUUGCUGUCUUUUCUUUAAUUCCCCCCAAGGAUCCCAACGUGUUUCAGAUCCUUCUUCCGUUUACAUUUCAAUUCAUUCUUCCUACUACAAUAGCACACGUGAAUAGCGUUUGGCUUAGCUUUAAAUAUAUUAUACACCCACACGGAAUUUCAUAGUCGUUGCACUGCUAAUGAUUGAUACCUUCCACCUCCGUUCAGAUUGUUCAGAUCAUAAUUUUAGGGUUUCAAUAAGCUUUGAUUUUAUAUGGAGGGGGAACAUUCUGGUCUGUACAGGCCGAAUGUACCAGCUCAGAAUCAAGACUUUUAUCAGGACAGUGAGAAAUUGGUCGGAGUUUCAGUGGCUGUCACCGAGGGAUCCGUGCCCCAGGUGAUCAGUCUUGGACAGAAACGGAAAAGGGGACGGCUGACCAAGGGGCGGAAGAAAGAGGAGGAAGAGGAAGAUGUUUGCUUCAUUUGCUUUGAUGGGGGUUGCCUCGUGCUCUGUGAUCGCAAGGGCUGUCCAAAAGCAUAUCAUCCUGCCUGUAUUAAGCGAGAUGAGUCAUUUUUUAGAUCAAAAGCUAAAUGGAAUUGCGGUUGGCACAUAUGUAGUGUAUGUCAGAAGGCUUCCCAUUACAUGUGCUAUACUUGUACCUAUUCUUUGUGUAUGGGAUGCACUAAAGAUGCAGAUUACGUGUGUAUUAGAGGAAACAAAGGCUUCUGCACAAUAUGCAUGAAGACUAUUAUGCUGAUUGAAAAUAAAGACAAAAUGAACUCAGAAUCGGUUCAAGUAGAUUUUGACGACAGCAGUAGCUGGGAGUAUCUCUUCAAGGCGUAUUGGAUUUACUUGAAAGAGAAGCUAUCAUUAACGCUGAGUGAGCUCACUCAAGCUAAAAAUCCCUGCAAAGAAGUGGGUACAGUGGCUUGUACGCAUCUGGUAACUGAUGUGCAUCAUAAUACUCGUGAUGGAAAAGUUUCUGUUUCAUACAGGUCUUCUGAACAUUUGGAGUCAAGUAAUCCCAAGGGACAACUAACCUUACAGAAGGAGGAUUCAUUAAGCACAGAAAGUCUGGGCAUUUCAAAAGAGGCGGAACCUAGCCAUAACAAAGGGAAUAAUAAAUCAAGCACUGAUGAAGGAAUGGACAAACCAAGUGUUGAUGAAGGCACUGAAUGGGCAUCUAAAGACCUUUUAGAGUUUGUAGCACACAUGAGGAAUGGUGAUACAUCAGUUCUCUCACAGUUCGAUGUCCAGUCUCUUUUGCUGGACUACAUAAAAAGGAACAACCUCCAGGAUGCUUGUCAGAAGAGUCAAAUUAAUUGUGAUUUAAGGCUCAAAAAUCUGUUUGGGAAGCCUUGCAUUGGUCAUACUGAUGCUUUGAACAGACAGUUCCAUGGUAUGUCUAAGUUUCCAUUUUAUGCAUCUUCAAAGGCACUAGAACUUGGAGCUGUCCCUGAUAAUAGAUUGCCUGAGGGAUAUGGAGAUAAGUAUUCAAUUGCACGAACACAAUAUGAGAUGAUUAGUGGAUGCGAUCAUGAAGAUCAAUCUAAUAAUCAAAGCCAAGCAAGUCAAUCUUCUGAGGAAAUUUUGAGAUCUUUAGCUGCUGCUAAUGGCAAGGGUUCUAGAUCUGAUCUGACUCCUCUGCCUAGGCUUGAUUCGCCUAAAGUGGAUGGUGACAUACGUCUAUCAGAUCUGCCUAGUCCUACACCAAAGGCCAGCAGCCAGGAUUGUGAAGUUUGGAAUGCUGAAAACCAGCAGUCUGCGUCUUCAGAUAUUCCUGUGCAGAAUUCAGAUAUCUUGGAUCUGCCAUGUCCUACACGAAGGCCAAGUGAUGAAUAUCAGGCCACUGACCCCAAGCGAUCUUUGUUAGUGAUGAAUGGGGCACACCUUCCUGAGAUAGCUAAUAAAUGGAGUGGAUAUUCCCCUACACAUGCAAAACCUUCCAUAGAGGAAUGGGAUAAUGAUCUCGUCGCUGCAUCUUCACUGAAGCCACUUGAAGCUAUGAGUGUUCAUGCUGCUAUUUGGUUUUCAAAUAGCAACCAACAUACUCAUUCUUCUCAAUCCCACCUUACAUCAGAUUUUCGUAAUUGGCAAGGAAUUGUUGAUGAACCAAUUGAAUUGGAUGCUUUGAGCGUGGAAUCAGUAUCAGAUUUGUUGGCUGAGGUAGAUGCAAUGGAGUCUCAAAGUGGUUUGGCCUCACCUACUUCAGGAACGAAGUUUUGCAAGGAACUAAUGCAAGAUUUUGGUAAGGAAGUGACUGAAGAUAGUAAAGAUUACUGUUUUGGAUCAAUUGGUGACUUUUGCCAAACACCAGAUCCUGGAGAAAGCAAUUCUUUAAGUUCCACGAGGGAUAGACAAUUAACCUGUCAGCCUACUGUGGCAUGCGAACCUGUUGGGGGCCUCGUGACAUCUGAGGUUCAUACUCCUGGUCGGAGCUCGAGUGGACAUUCAUCAUGGGAAACAGAGUCCACAGAUACUCUAGUUUAACUGGGGAAGCUGGAUAAGAGUUAAGUCCUCCUGCACCAAGCAACAAGGUAAAAGACAUAGUGGACACAACUAUGGCUCAAGUACAGGAGCAGCAACCGUAAAUUCUGGUUGGGCAACUGUGCAGCGUAACAUUAAUCUGGUGACCGUUCAGGGUAAUAUGAAUCUGGUUUUGGGAGUAUUUGCAGAGGAUUGCAAAACAAACAUGAAUAGCUAUGCUCUGAAUGUGAGUCUACCAGCAGUAUGGUGGUGUUGGAGGAGGACAUUUGAGGUCUCUUCCCAAAGGGCAGUAACUCUAAAUUCUACUAGUGGAAGAUGCAAAGGGAGACUACCUAUACCCAAUAUGGGGUAGUUCCACGAGCAUAUAAUUGUUCUGUACUGUCCAAUUAAUUUUUGAGAGAGUCUCUCCAGUAUAGUUUUCAUCUAUAUAGAACAUAAUUCAAAAUUCUGGCCAGUUAAUUUACUCGGUGCUGUCCAUUUUGGGGUGAUUGUGAAUUGAGCAAUGCUACGGAGACGGUGAAAAACAGGGUAAAAAAAAGGCUACACACGUGUCGAUGCAUGAUUGGAGAGUUUGAAAAAUUAAAAGAAAAACAGCCAACAAGCUGCUCACACUUCAGUCUAUUUUUUCCCUUGUUUUUCUUCCUGUUUGUUUAUCAUUCUUCUUGUGAAUUUACAUGGUAUUUUGAU